AUGUCGCCACCUGCUGCUGAUGUUGAUACCCCCAGCACUGCUCCAGCAGUCCAGCCUGUGCCUAAACCCGUCAAAGGUACCGAAACCAGCAGCACCUCACGCCUGCAUGGUCCCCUGUCCUACAGCGGUAGCCUUGACGCUGAAGAGCAAUUUGAUGUCACUGCUGUAAUCGGCCGAGAGUUUCCUAAGCUGCAGCUUAGCGAGAUCUUGAAGGAUGACAACAAACUCAGAGACUUGGCUGUGCUUGUUUCCCAACGCGGCGUCCUUUUCUUCCGGAACCAAGACCUCAACAUCGACGAUCAGAAAUAUCUUGGACAGAAGCUUGGGGAGCUGACAGGCAAACCAGAGACAUCCAAGCUCCAUCGACAUGCGCUCUCAAACAGUAAGCGUGGUAUUGCUGUUGAUGAGAAUGGAAGACUUGAUGAUGAAGUAUCCGUCAUCUCCUCUGAGCAGAACCGCAAGUUCUAUAAUGAAAAAUGGAGCUCCCUUUCUAAGAGCCUGGCUGGAGAGGGAUGGCAUGCUGACAUCACCUUUGAGAAUAUCCCAUCUGACUAUGCUAUUCUUAAAAUCAUCCAACCUCCGCAGGACGUUGGUGGUGAUACACUCUGGGCGUCUGGGUACGAGCUUUACGAUCGCCUCUCGCCACCGUUUAAGAAGCUGGCCGAGAACUUGACUGCAACUCACCACCAACCCAACUUCGUGCGAGUCAAGGAGACUUUCGGCGAAGAUCUCAUUGACGACUACCGUGGUGCUCCAGAGAACAUUGGGUUGGAUUUCAAGGCUGAGCACCCUGUUGUGCGUACAAACCCUGUGACCGGUUGGAAGAGUCUCUUCGCCGUGGGCCACCAGCUUUCAGCUGGACACAUCAAUGGUGUAUCUAAUACCGAAAGCGAGAUUCUCAAGACUUACUUUCGCCAACUUAUCACCGAGAAUCACGACCUUCAAGUACGGUUUCGCUGGGGAAAGAACGAUCUUGCCAUCUGGGAUAACCGCUCUGUGUUCCACACCGCUACCAAUGACUAUAUUGGAAAGCGUCAAGGAAACAGGGUUGUCUCGUUGGGGGAGAAGCCGUUUUAUGACCCUGCUUCCCAGUCACGCAGAGAGGCCCUUGGACUUGUGCAGUAA